AUGAGACUGUUCACUUUCGACUGUCAAAUGGUCAAAAAAGGCUUUAACUCUGCCACCAAGUGUCUAAACAUUCUGAAAGAAGCUGAUGCUGGACACGGCAUUUUCCUGGAGUGUGAUGCUACUGUCAAGGACUCAAUCUUAAGACACCUGAAGGUGUACAAGAUUCGGAGAAAGGUCAACAUUAGCCCCUGUCCAGAACUCUCUGUUUGGGCAGUACUUCCCCAGCAAAAGAACUCUGGCCAGGUGGCCAGUAAACCUGAGCUGUCCUCCCCUGAAAACACUCUGGUAUGGGAGACUGAUCCUCGAACUCAGGAAAUGGGCUGGAGAUUGGUGUUGGAAAGUAAAAUCGAUCCUUGUGACAUCAUUGCAUCAUGUCAGAAAGGUGACACAGGGGAUUAUCACAAACAUCGCUAUGCAAUAGGACUUCCAGAGGGAGUGAAGGACCUCCCUCCAGGGGUGGCACUGCCACUAGAAUCAAAUCUCGUCUACAUGCAGGGCAUCAGUUUUAGCAAAGGCUGCUACAUCGGCCAGGAGCUCACAGCCAGAACCCAUCACACAGGGGUGGUUAGGAAACGCCUGAUGCCAGUGCGCUUGUCAUCUCCAGUACAGGACCUCGAGGAAGGAGCUGCAGUGCAAACGCAGUCAGGCAAGCCAGCUGGGAAGCACCGAUCAGGGGUAGGAGAGCUGGGUCUGAGCCUAAUCCGCAUGGCUCAUGCAAAAGAGGUGUUGACACUCAAAUCUUCUGAUGACAACACAGUGACACUUAAGGUCUCUGUGCCAGACUGGUGGCCUGAAGAUUUGAAAAUUAAGUAAAGAAUGUGACAUUCAUCACAUCUGACAGAUGACUUGCAGUCUGAACCCUAAAGCACAGUAUGUACAUUGCUUUACAGAUGUCUGGCACUUACGUAUAUUUGUGAGAUCUUUUUUCCUUUGCAAUAAAAUCUGUAUUUAUAGUA